UACUGAUCGCCGGUCGUCGGUAUGUCUCUGACGAAGGCCGGGUCUGCAGCUCAAUGUGGUGACGCGAAAGACGUCAGCGGGAGAAACGAGGGGAUGGAUAGCGCGGAAGAGCUGGUUUCAACGGGGAUUUCCCGCUCUUCGAGGUCCGUCCAAUCACCAACGACAUGGUGCGCGAUAGCUGACGCAAUAAUUGCGGGUACACCACAUUGGCGGCAGUCUUCAGGGAUCAUCGUGAGAAAAGUUAGAACUUGCGGGUUAUCUAAUUUCCAUACGAUGCAAAUUGUCAUCGAAGACUUCGAUUCUCUUUCCUCAAAAUUUCCCGUGAAACGAUUUGUGGCGUUGGAAGGAGAUGCAGUUGACGAAUGAUAUUAAUUCGAAAGAAAUCCACUAUUGAAAUCUUUUCAACAAUGACAUUGAAACUGUUGAAGAUCUGCAAGAGAUUUUUAUUCAAAGUUAUUAAUAGCAACACGCUCUCCGUUUGUCACCGUAAUACGAUACGAUAGAUUGUUGGAUAAAGCGUUACGAAGGAGAAAGAAAGAAAAAAGAAAAUAAAGGAUACCUUCGACGUGUUUCGUACGCAUACCAAAUUUUUCCGAGAUGCGUGCUACCUUUACGAUACCACAGGACUUUACGUGUUUCAGAACUUGAAUUCGCAAUUACAGAGAACUCCUAUGACGUCAUUCGGGGAAUGCUUUUGGCGGAUCGCUUAAAUGAGUCUAAUGCAGUGGCGAACUGGUCUUGGAAAUAACAAGAAGGACGCUGAGGGCUAAUCAAUUUAUGAUGUUUCACCGUAAGUGACCAAAUACUUUCGUGUAAAGAAUAUCAAGCUGUGUUCAUCAUUUAGAAGACGAUCUUCAUAUUUUUUCUAAGCGUCCAUGUAGAAGAAAGUUACUUUCGCCAGAUAAUUUAUUCUCUGAAACCAUGUAAUUUUUGUUUAAAACAUUUUUGUGCACAAUGAACAUUUUCUAAGAUAUUUAAGAUAUAAAUGGUCAACCUGUAUAUACAUUACCUCUAACCUAAUUUAAUCCCAGUUUGAUCUUACCUUUACCUAACCCAACCAUACUCCCAUGCAAUUUAAAAUAACUAACCUAACCUAACUACGACCAAACUCUACGCUGACCUAAUCUAAUCGUAACAUAAGUAUAUGUUGACUUAAGCUUAUACUACUUUAGUAUAGCCCCACCUUAACUCACCCUGACCUAACAUAAUACCUAAUUUGUACACACACAUUUCAGCUUUAUUGUGUUCAUACAAAGAACCAAUGUUAACAAGCUUUUUCACGUAAUAAAUCAAAUGUUGAACAGA